CAAGUCAACAAUUGCAUUACUUAUAAUCGAUAGUAAAAAAACUCUUUAUCAACGACUUGAUUGAAACAUGUGGUGAAAAUAUAUUACAAGUAACCUAACAAAAGUUCAGUGUGUUUACACAUCUAACUUCUCCAAAAAAUUUCGAAUUUUUGAUUAAAUAACUAAACAAACAUAAAAAAACGUCACUAGCUUACAAAAAACGCGUAUUCUAGUUGCAAAAAAAUCAACUAGAAUAUUCUAUUAAAUAAAUCGGAAUGCUGUGUCAAUGUGAAAUGUCUGUUAACCUCUCAAAAAAUCACAUCAUUCAACAAUACAGAGAACAUUAUUUACAGUGGAAACUUUUAAGAGUAAAAUAGUACCCGUUUUAAUUUCCAAAAAAAAUCUUCAGAAAAUAAUAAAUUUUUUGAUUAAUUUUUACGUUUCUCUUAGUUGAUUUGUUAUUUAACACCUAGAUAGUUUAAUUAAAAUUGUAUAUUUUCUUUUAAAUUCCCAAGAUAUUUAAUUAAUUAAUUAAUUGCUAAAAUGGUGGCCGUAGAUAGUGACAAGCUGAUAGAGCUUCAGAAGAAACCAGAGUCAAUAAGAAAUAUAUGUAUCCUAGCUCAUGUGGACCAUGGGAAGACAACACUGGCUGAUUCAUUGGUAUCAAGCAACAAUAUUAUAUCUCAAAAGCUUGCAGGCAAGCUGCGUUACAUGGACAGCCGUGAUGAUGAGCAACAACGUGGAAUAACAAUGAAGUCUAGUUCAAUAGCGCUCUAUCAUAGUUACAAUAAUAAUGAAUAUUUAUUAAAUAUUAUAGAUUCUCCAGGUCACGUUGAUUUUUCCUCAGAAGUAUCAACAGCAGUACGUUUGUGCGACGGAGCAAUUGUAAUCGUCGAUGUUAUUGAAGGAGUAUGUCCACAGACGCGAAGUGCCUUGUCAAUGACGUACAUCGAGGGAUUAAAACCGAUCCUGGUGCUAAACAAAAUGGAUCGUUUGAUAACUGAGCGGAAACUGACCCCUCAGGAUGCGUAUAUCCACCUUACACAAGUAUUGGAGCAGGUAAAUGCAGUUAUGGGUGAGUUGUUUGCUAGUGAUAUUAUGGAACGUGAAGAAAAAGCUGAAUCCAAUGACGUAAGUAAUGAUAAUACCUUGGAAAAUAAUUCAAUGCGGCGGCCAGUAACUGAAUAUCAGUCGGUACUUGAACAAACCGAUGAUUCUAAUUUGUAUUUCUCUCCCGAGCGCGGUAAUGUUGUAUUUGCAAGUGCUAUUGACUGUUGGGGAUUCUGUAUUGAAGAUUUUGCGAAAAUUAUCAAUAAAACUCAUAAUUACAGCGUGGAUAAAAUGAUGAAGAUAUUGUGGGGGGAUUAUUGGUAUGAUGAGCAGAAUGAAAGGAUUAAAAAAAACGCGCAGAAAAAUAAACAAACACCGCUGUUUGUUUCGAUGGUUCUGAAUGUACUCUGGGAAUUUUAUGAACUUACGCUUAUUAAAAAAGAUAGGGAGAAAUUGAUUGAAAUGAUGGGAAAGUAUGAUGUUAAAUUUUCGGAGCGCGAUAAAAAAACAAAAGAUUUUAAGGAACUACUUAAAUCUUUAGCUUCUCAGUGGCUGCCGCUUUCACAAGCGUGUAUUAAUAUGGUUUGUAAUAAUGUACCGGCGCCUCAUCAGUUGCCAAGGGAGAAAAUUCAGCGACUGAUGAGUGGUAAUAAAGAAUUUAAAGCUCUACCUGAAGAGACUCGGCAGUUAGAGAAAGCUUUUUUAGAGUGCAGCUCUUCGCCAGAAGCACCGGUUAUUAUUUUUGUUUCGAAAAUGUUUUCUGUUGAGAAAAAAAUGUUCUCGGAUUUUAAAAUCAAACCACCGACUGCUGAAGAACUGGCUAAGAGGCGCGAUAUUGUGAGAAGAAAUAAAGAGAAAUUGGAGCUGAAGAAACGUGAAGAGACACACAAUCAAGAGAAGCGUGAUCAACAAUUGGAUAAUCGUGACGAAAACUUGGAGAAAAAUGAUAAAGAAACUGAACAAAAGGUUAAUGAAACAAAGAAAGUAGGAAUAGAUUCUAAUUGUGAAGAAGAAGAAAAAGAAGAUGAUGCUGAUCCUGAAAUUCUUAUUGGAUUUGCUCGUGUGUACUCAGGUGUAAUUAAAAUAGGCAGUGAGUUGUUUGUACUCGGGCCGAAGCAUAAUCCAGAGAUUGUUAUUGACAGAAAAAAUAAUGGUGAGAGUAUAGAGCCGGGUGAAUCAUUGAAAGAACUUAAAUCUGGAUGGCAUGUAACCAAAGUCACGGUGACCAAGCUCUAUAUGCUGAUGGGUCGUGAUCUGCAGAGCAUCGAUGAAGUGACGGCUGGCAAUGUCGUGGGAAUCGGCGGUCUGGAAGAGCAUGUACUAAAAACAGCGACGUUAUCGUCGACAAUAAUGUGUCCUUCGUUUACUGAGCUUACUUCACUGACAGUCCCGAUCUUGAGAGUCGCGCUCUAUCCCAAGCGAUCGUUCGACCUGCAGAAAUUUAUCGACGGUCUAAAAUUGUUGAACCAAGCUGACUGCUGUGCUGAAGUUCAUAUUCAGGAGACUGGAGAGUAUGUCCUUAAUACUGCCGGUGAAGUACAUUUGGAGCGCUGUCUAGAUGAUCUCAAACAGAGAUACGCGAAGGUUGAUAUCACUGUAUCGGAGCCGAUUAUUCCAUUCCGUGAGACUGUGGUGCCACCACCGAUCGUCGAUAUGGUAAACGAAACUAUCGAGAACAAAGCUAAGGAUGAACCUAUUUUUUUCGAGCACUCGAUGGGAAGUGAUAAGUAUAUUAUUGAAAUUGACGUUAAGCCGCUGUCGGAGAGUGUGACUAAACUCUUGGAUAACAACUCCAAUUUGAUCAAGCAGCUUGAUUUACAUUGGGAGCGAAUGGGAAAAUCUGAACACCUUGCUGAUACUUUGAAUCAUUUAACUCUGGAUGAUACUUCUCCUAUCAGUAUUUCGAAGGUUAAUGUUUUUAAGAAGGAACUUGAGCAAGGACUUGAAGAAAAUAAUUUGGGAAGUCUUGAAAAUAUUUGGUCGUUUGGCCCCAAAAAGUGUGGGCCUAAUUUACUCAUAAAUGCUACCGAUUAUAAACGACAACCCUUUUGGAUGAGACAAAAUAAAUAUUCUACUGAUUUUCGGGCUUCGUAUGACAAUAGUAUUAUUAAUGGAUUUCAAUUAGCAACAAUUGCUGGUCCUCUGUGUGAAGAACCAAUGCGAGGCGUCUGUUUUAUCGUCAAAAAAUGGGAAAAAAUUGUAAAAGAAACUGAAAGUGGACCUGGUAGCAAUCAAAAUAUCAAGAAAGAUAAUGAAGAUACAGGAAGUUGCAGCGAACGUACUAGUCAAAGUCAAAGUGAUGUGAGUGGUAAAUUAAUAUCUGCAUUCAAAGAUUCCUGUCGUCGUGGACUCAGCAUGCGACGACCUCGACUAAUGACACCGAUGUACUCAUGCAGCGUUCUAGUCAACUCUGAUGUUCUUGGUAAAUUGUACGCGGUAUUUGGCCGUAGACAUGGCCGUGUAAUUGCAGCGGAUAAUGCCCUCGGUUUUGGAGGGCAAUUUCAGGUGGAAGCUAUACUCCCCGUUCCAGAAAGUUUUCAUUUGGCGAGAGAAUUACGCACGCAGACCUCCGGAUUAGCUACUCCUCAACUUGUUUUUAGCCAUUGGGAGGUGAUUGAGCAAGAUCCAUUCUGGGUACCAUCGACGGAAGAAGAAUAUUUACAUUUCGGGGAAAAGGGCGACAGCGUAAACCGCGCUAAAAAAUAUAUCGACGCGGUGAGACAUCGUAAAGGACUACCUGUUGAUUCACAACUUGUUACACACGCUGAGAAACAAAGAACGUUGUCUAAAAAAAAAUAAAUUCAUAUAAUACAUGUAUCCUUACUCCCUACAUAAGUAAACAUUAUUUUAGGUAUCUU